AUGGCGCCCUCACCACGAUCAGCAUCGACCGUCGAUGUCGACGACAUCUCCCGGGCCAAGGCCCACGAUGAAACCGAGCGAAUCGAAAACGUCCUCAGACCUUCGCCCUCACACUUCGAAAAGCUCAACCUUACGCCCGAACAGCCCGUCGCAGGCAAGCUUCGUCUCACAUUCGGCAACCCAGCACCCAUCGCCCUAGGAGGCUUCCUCCUCGCAAACACACCCGCUACCAUCGAUCUCAUGGGCUGGGGUGGUGCAGGCGGCGGCGCAGGCAAUGCGUCUGCUGGUAUCGGAGCAUACUACUUCCUCGGAGCUAUCCUGCUCUAUUUCGGCGCGAUCGGUGAAUGGAUUCUGGGCAACACCUUCCCAGCCGUUGUCUUCUUCACCUUUGGCGGUUUCUGGGGCACUUUUGGAGCCACUCUCACACCCUUCUUCAACGUCAUCAAUGGCUACGCCAAUGCCACGACCGGGAAAGUCGACGCCGCAGGCGAAGCCGCUUUCUACCGCUCCUUUGCCAUGUUUCUCAUCUUCAUGGCCGUCCUCUGCUUACUCUACACGAUUGCCGCUCUGCGAACCAAUCUGUGCUUGGUCGCUAUUCUGUUCUGCUUUACUAUCACGUUCCCCUGCCUGGCUGCGAGCUACUUUUAUGGAGCAGACGGACUGGCGAGUAUGAGUAGUACGACAAGGAUCGUGGGCGCGGCUUUCGCGUUCGUGGCGAGUAUGAUUGGUUGGUACCUGUGGUUCUCGCUGAUUCUGGAGGCGGUGGAUUUCCCGGUUGUGCUUCCUGUCGGGGAUCUGACCAAAUAUGUGAAGGGACGGAGUGAGAAGGUGAAGAAUGAGAGGGAGAUGGCUUGA